AGGCACUCUUUUGGGGCUGCUUGAAAAAGUUUGGUUUGUGAACAAAACAGUUUCCCCGGUGACUGUGAAUCCACUGCUGUGGAUUGUGGUACCCAGAGAUUGACUUCUGGAUCUGUGUAAAGAGCUGGGCGAAGUAUGAUGUGCUUACAGAUCCUGAGAGUAAGCCUGCUGGUUCUGGCUGGGUGGGCACUCAGCACUGCUAGCUCUGAGCCGGGCUGGACACACAAGAGAUCCCUGGCUCAGAGGGGACACCUCAAUGAGAUGCUGUCAGAGGGAGAACGCUGUUGGCUGGGGACCAGGAUUCGAAGACCCAGAGUUUCUCCCCAGCAUCACCUCUUCGGGGUCUACCCCAGCAGGCCUGGCAGCUCCUUGAGGCCCUACCCUAUGGGGGACCAGGGCACCCACCGUGCAGGACGCAGCAAGCCAGCUGCUGAGGGAAUGGCUGUGAGCAGUGUUCCCCCAGACCGGACUGCACGUGCAGCAGUGAGGACUGGGGCUGAGCAGCUGGCAGCCCUGUGGGUAGGGGAUGGUCCUAUUGGACAGUGGGAGCUGCUGGGAGAUGAUGACACUUAUCUUGACGAUCGAGGAUCCAAGGCGUCUCUAGGUGAGGCUGGGACUUGGGAAGGUUCAGCCACGGCUGCCACCAUCAUCACCACCUUCGCACGCCAGAAGGAGCCCAGACCAGAGACUCGAAGGAAGGGUCUGGCCAAGCCCAGGCGCCGCCGCCAGGUGGUGAAGGGGCUGGCAGAGGGUAUGCGGGGAGACCUGGAUGUCACUCCCCAGCAUUUCCGACCUUGGCCUAAGCGUCCCCUUAUGCACGGGGUCAGAACCAGUUCUUCAGAGGACAGCGUUCAGAAUGGCAGAGGGAAUCCCUACUGGGAAGCAGAGACCUCGAACCCCCACGGAGGAGGACUGCCCAUCUUGUACUUCUCAGGGAGGCGGGAGAGGCUGCUGCUGCGCCCAGAAGUCCUGGCUGAGGUUCCCCGGGAGGCGUUCACAGUGGAAGCCUGGGUGAAGCCGGAGGGAGGGCAGAGCAGCCCCACCAUCAUCGCAGGUGUGUUUGAUAACUGCUCCCACACUGUCAGUGACAAGGGCUGGGCCCUGGGGAUCCACUCAGGGAAGGACACAGGAAGGCGAGAUGCUCGCUUCUUCUUCUCUCUUCGCACCGACCGCGUGAAGAAGGCCACCAUUAUGAUUGGCCACAGUCGCUACCAACCAGGCACAUGGACACACGUGGCAGCUACUUAUGAUGGACUGCGUAUGGCCCUGUAUGUGGAUGGCACUCAGGUGGCUAGUAGUCUAGAUCAGUCUGGUCCCCUGAACAGCCCCUUCAUGGCAUCAUGCCGUUCUUUGCUCCUGGGGGGUGAUAGCUCUGAGAAUGGGCAUUCUUUCCGUGGACACCUGGGCACACUGGUCCUCUGGUCAACGGCCCUUUCACAGAGCCACCUCCAGCACAGUCCUCAGCAUCCACGUGAGGUGGAAGAGUUGACCACCUUGAUACUGACAGCCAGCUUUGAGCCUUUGGAACACCAAUGGGCCCCAUUUAGAGAUGACAAGUACCCACGGCUUGAGGUUCUCCAGGGCUAUGAACCAGAGCCGGAGAUUAUGUCACCUUUGCAGCCCCCACUUUGUGGACAGACAGCAUGUGACAAUGUAGAACUGAUCUCCCACUACAAUGGGCACUGGCCUCUUCGGGGAGAGAAGGUGAUCCGCUACCAGGUGGUGAACAUCUGCGACGAUGAGGGGCUGAACCCCACGGUGACUGAUGAGCAGAUCAGCCGGCAGCACAAGGUGCUCAAUGAAGCCUUUGGCCGCUACAACAUCACCUGGCAGCUGAGCGUCUACCAGGUCCACAACUCCACCCUGCGCCACCGUGCUGUGCUCAUCAACUGUGAGCCCAGCAAGAUCGGCAACGAUCACUGUGACCCAGAAUGUGAGCACCCACUCACGGGUUACGAUGGGGGUGACUGCCGCCUACAGGGCCGGUGCUACUCCUGGAACCGCAGGGAUGGGCUCUGCCACGUGGAGUGCAACAACAUGCUGAACGACUUUGAUGAUGGGGACUGCUGUGACCCCGAGGUGGCCGACGUACAGAAGACCUGCUUUGAUCCUGACUCACCCAAGAGGGCCUACAUGAGUGUGAAGGAACUGAAGGAGGCGCUGAAGCUCAACAGCACACACUUCCUCAAUGUCUACUUUGCCAGCUCUGUGAGGGAAGACCUUGCAGGUGCUGCCACCUGGCCUUGGGAUAAGGAAGCCAUCAGUCACCUGGGUGGCGUUGUCCUCAACCCGGCCUAUUACGGGAUGCCUGGUCAUACCAACAUCAUGGUCCAUGAGGUGGGACAUGUCCUGGGACUCUACCAUGUCUUCAAAGGGGUCAGUGAAAGAGAAUCCUGCGAUGACCCCUGCAGGGAGACAGUGCCCUCCAUGGACACAGGAGACCUCUGUGCCGACACUGCGCCCACUCCCAAGAGUAAGCUGUGCCAGGACCCGGAGCCUACCAACGACACCUGCGGCUUUACCCACUUUCUGGGGGCUCCGUUCAGCAACUAUAUGAGCUACACAGAUGAUGACUGCACUGACAGCUUCACCCCUAACCAAGUGGCCCGAAUGCAUUGCUAUUUGGACCUUGUGUAUCAACAAUGGAGUCAAAGCCGAAAGCCCACCCCCAUUCCCAUCCCACCCAUGGUCAUCGGGCAGACCAACACAUCCCUCACCAUCCACUGGCUGCCUCCAAUUAGUGGAGUCGUGUAUGACAGGGCCUCGGGAAGCAUGUGUGGUGCCUGCACAGAGGAUGGGACGUUCCGUCAAUAUGUGCACACAGCUUCCUCCCGGCGGGUGUGCGACUCCUCAGGGUACUGGACUCCAGAGGAGGCAGUGGGGCCCCCCGAUGUGGACCAGCCCUGCGAGCCAAGCCUGCAGGCCUGGAGCCCCGAGCUGCACCUGUACCAAAUGAAUAUGACGGUGCCUUGCCCAGCGGAAGGCUGCAGCCUGGAGCUUCUCUUCCAGCACCCAGUGCAUGCCGACACCCUCACCCUGUGGGUCACCUACCUCUCUGUGGACGCCUCCCAAGCGCUCUUUGACACAGAAAUCUUGCUGGAACACCAGAAGUCUGUGCACCUGGGCCCCCUGAACACUUUCUGUGACACCCCACUCACCAUCAAGCUGCAUGUCGAUGGCAAGGUCUUGGGGGUGAAGGUCUACACCUUCGAUGAACGGCUGGAAGUGGAUGCCGCCCUCCUGACGUCUCAGCCCCACAGCCCCCUGUGCUCUGGCUGCAGGCCCCUGCGGUACCAGGUGCUCCGGGAGCCCCCCUUCGCUAGCGGCUUACCUGCUGUGGCCACACACCCUCACAGGAAGUUCACAGACACGGAGGUCACACCUGGGGAGGUGUAUCAGUACCAAGUUCAAGCUGUGGCAGGAGCAGAGCUGGGAGAAGCUUCGCCGCCUCUGAUCCACAUUCAUGGAGCUCCUUACUGCGGUGAUGGGAAGGUGGCCAGGAACCUGGGGGAAGAGUGUGACGAUGGAGAUCUUCUGAGCGGAGACGGCUGCUCAAGGACAUGCAACCUUGAGGAAGGCUUCAACUGUGCAGGAGAGCCAAGCCUGUGCUAUGUCUUUGAGGGAGAUGGGAUAUGUGAACCUUUUGAGAAGGAAACCAGCAUCAUAGACUGUGGCCUCUACACUCCCAGCGGAUACCUGGAUCAGUGGGCUACCCAUGCUUACUCCGCUUAUGAAGACAAGAACAAGUGUCCUGUUUCCUUGGUAACAGGAGAACCUCAUUUCACUAUUUGCACAUCCUACCAUCCAGAUUUACCGGACCACCGUCCCCUUCCUGGCUGGCUUCCCUGUGUCCCCAGUGGAAACAGAUCUCGGGAGGAAGGCAGUGAGCAGCUAGAAGGUAGCCUGGAGAGAGAGGAUGAGGUUUGGCUCAAAGUGUGUUUCAGUAGACCAGGAGUGGCCACAACAAUUUUUAUUUUCUUGACGUCUGAUGGCCUGGUAUCUGGGAAACGUCAGCGGCCCACAGUGACUGUCCACCUGACUGAUAUCAGUGGAAACAACCACUCUCUUGGAAUCUAUGAACUGUCAUGCCAACAUAACCCACUGGUUGUCAAUGUGACCCUUCACCCGAAUGUCCUCUCCCACCUUACCGCCUCUGUGCUGCUGAAUUUCUCAUCCCCAUUCGUAGGCAUCUCAGCAGUGGCUCUCAGGACAGCCUCCCACCUGAAUCCUUCACUUCCUAAUGACUGCGUCCCAGAGCAUGAGGGGCAAAAUCAUCAGGGACAGAGCUGUGUCCAUCGGCCCUGUGGGGAGCAGAGCAGCUGUGCGCCACUGCUGCUGGAGCACACGGAUGUGGUGAACUGUACCUCUGGGGGGCCAGGUCACAUGAAGUGCGCUGUCACCUGCCAAAGGGGGUUUGCCCUUCAGGCCAGCAGUGGGCAGUACCUCAGGCCCAUGCAGAAGGACAUUCUGCUCACGUGCUCCUCAGGGCACUGGGACCGGACAGUGAGGUGUAUGCCCCUUGAUUGUGGCCUUCCAGACCCAGCUCUGGUGAAUUAUGCAACCUUCUCCUGCCCAGAGGGAACCAGCUUUCUGCAACGAUGCUCCAUUUCCUGUGUCCCACCAGCCAAGCUGCAAGGACUCAGCCCGUGGCUGACCUGCCUUGAAGAUGGGCUCUGGUCUUUCCCCGAAGCCUACUGCAAGUUGGAGUGUGACACUCCCCCUGCGAUUCCCAACGCCAACCUGCUCCUGCCGCACUGCCUCCAAGGCCACCAUGACGUGGGCUCCGCCUGCAGAUACGAAUGCAAACCUGGCUACUACGUGGUGGAAAGUGCAGAAAGUAAAGUCAGGAAAAAGUUCCUGAAGAUACAGUGCCUGGAGGAUGGAACCUGGGAGCAAGGCAGCUGCAUCCCAGUGGUGUGUGAGCCCCCCUCUCCUGUGUUUGAAGGCAUGUACGAAUGUACCAAUGGCUUUGAGCUCGACAGCCAAUGUGUGCUCAACUGUAACCAGGAAAAUGAAAGGCUUUCCAUCCUCUGCACGAAGGAAGGACUGUGGACUGAGGAGUUCAAGUUGUGUGAGAAGCUGCAAGGGGAAUGUCCAUCACCACCCUCAGAGCUGAAUUUUGUGGAAUACAAGUGCGAACAGGGCUAUGGGAUCGGUGCAGUGUGCACCCCAUCAUGUGUAGUGCCCCCUAGGGACCCAGUGAUUCUGCCUGAGAACAUCACUGCAGACACUCUGGAGCACUGGAUGGAGCCUGUCAACGUCCAGAGCAUCGUGUGCACUGGGCGGCGUCAAUGGCACCCAGACCCCGUCCUGAUCCACUGCAUCCAGUCCUGUGAGCCUUUCCAAGCAGAUGGUUGGUGUGAUACUAUCAACAACCGAGCCUACUGCCGUUACGAUGGGGGCGACUGCUGCUCUUCCACACUCUCCUCCAAGAAGGUCAUCCCAUUCGCUGCCGACUGUGACUUGGAUGAAUGCACCUGCCGAGACCCCAAGGCAGAAGAGAACCAGUAACUGCAGAGGAGCCCCUCCUUCCACCCUGGAAGCAGGAAGAAAGAGAGGCCUCCAGGGAAGGAAACAAAAGGUGAAUGAGGAAGGAAGUUCCUGGAAUGAAGGAAGAGCAUGGAGCUUGUGAGGAACGCAGGAGGAGGUCUGUAGGAGCCACCGGUGGCAUCAAAUAGCUCAAGUAGGGAAGAAUCGUAGGCAGUUGAUUAAAAAUAGGAGAAAUAUGAUAGGUGUACAAGGACCCUCCUCCCUCAUUUAUAUUCUAUCCAACUCCAUCCUCAACUUCUGCCUACUCCCGCUGGGCACCCUGCCCACUCCUCAGCCCCACCCAACUUGUACACCAGUACCAAACACACUCUUCACACCCAGUUAGAAUGAACUGCCACCCUUCAGGACUCGUCUGUUCUAAACUGGCUCCCUGUCAUCUGUGUAGUCGCCCAUAGUAAUAACGAGGUUAGUUAUUCUUUAUAAGUAUUUAAACAUAUAAAUAUAUUAUAUAUAUUAUAUUUUUUGCUGUCUACUAAGCUAAAAACUAUCCAUUGUUCCACACAUGCUGCUAUGAAGUUCACAUCCAAAAUAAACGCCGAGGGUUUGAGGACAGAAAGGCAAGUCCUUCCGCCAUCUUUGUAUCCAUAGGGAUGGGCUGGCUGAGGAAAAUAGAGGAAAGAGAGGCAGAUUAGAUGGGGCUCUUGAAGCGAAUGUGUCAGCUAAUCAUCUUUUUAUGAGCUGAGCUGGGAGCCGGGCCCACUUUGAGGACUUGGGGGUUGGAAAGAUGACACGAGAAGGCAGGGAAAGUUGGGUGGGAGUACCCACUAGUGGCUGGACCACAGGAAAACUGGACCAUGUUUCUUGAGUUGCCAUCUGAAAAGAAUUUAUCAACUUCUCUGAACUCUUAGUGGGGGUCGGUGAGACCCAGGAUUUCUGCUCUUCCCGUGCGCUAUUCCCAACAUGGCUCUCCGCCAGCCCGUCAGUCAACACGUUCGUCUUAGGGCUCCUUCUCUGAUCACCAGGAUUACAGCAACUCACAUUCCUCCUACUUGGCUCCCAUCUCCCUCCUUCUGAGUCCCCAAGCCUGGCCAUCAUUCACAGCCGCAUGACUAAUUGUUGACUUUCCGGGGAAGAAAAUGUUAUGGAAGUGACAGACAGGAAAGGCAGGAGGAGAUGGAAGAACAGGAAGGGGUGGAGGAGCAGAGGGAAGCCAUGGAGAAGAGAGAGGCUGGAGGUAGUCAAGAUCCAGGGAUGAAAUGUGUCAGGAGAUGCCACCUUGUUCCAGGCUCCAACGCUGACCACAGGGAUCCUUUGACUAACUCCGAGUCGGAGUACUUUCUCUUCAGGCGCGAUGUGUCAGAUCUGUGGCCCAGACAGUUCCAUCUGAACAAGCUAUGGAAGUACGUGGAGCAAGGGUGACACUCUGUGGGGAGAGAGAAGAAUUUCAACUAUUAAGGGUCCUUCCUUCUAGUUGGGUACAUGGGCCAUACAUGCUGUACCAUGUUAAUCUGCCUCUAUUGCAUCCCAGGCUUACAUUUUUAACAUGAGGUCUAUGACAUUUGUGUUUCUUGGCAACAGUUUCUGGAUUAGGCCUUGGGGAAUGAGCAUCAGGAGCUAAUUUCUUGUUUGAGACACCAGUUUAUCAUCUCAGGGAGGGCCAGGAGCUUGCCUACCCUGAAACUGCUUAACACGGAGUCCAUGGCUGUGCAAACAGGAUGAGGACAUGUGACCCGCCACUAUCUCGAGCUACACGUCACACAGGAAAGAAGACUAUUCUGGAACAGAUGAAGAGGACAUGGAAUGAGGUGGCUUAGUCACUGGGGAAAGGAAGAGCAGUCUGUCCAUCCCAACAACGCUCAUCCUUACGACCUCCAACCAUGAGGGCGCGGGAGAAACCGCUCGCUGUCUGGGCUCACAUUUAGUGCCCAAGAAGAGAACAAAUGUUUAUUUCUGGGAUUCUGGUAGGCUUCCAUAUGGGAAGGACAAUGGAGAAGUUUCAACUCUCCAUUAAAAAAAAAGUGUGAAAUUGUUUUCUUG